UCCCGGAGCGUGGAACGAGCACGCUGCACGCCGGGCAGUAGUAAUACCUAUACACAACACACGUACUUGUGUCUUUAUACCGCUGUGCUGCUGCUGGUCGUCUCUGCACGAGAGCAGCGUCGGUGGGUGUAAAAUGGCGGACGGUGACAUUGAUCUCUACGCUGACGAUCUAGAACAGGACUUUGCGCAGGUGCAAGGUGAAUUUACCGGCGACGGCGUCGAUCUCUACGAUGAUGUGAUUGCUGCGGCACCUGGCAAUAAUGAGCGAGGUACCUCGGAGAGCAGUGAACGGGGUGAUAGGGACAGGGAAACCUCGAAUGAAGAAACCAAUGGUAAUGCACCUUACCAUCAACUUGGAAAUAAUAUUCAGCCAAACCAGAUUGGCAGAAGACACCAGCUUUACGUUGGAAAUUUAACUUGGUGGACAAGUGAUCAGGAUAUAGCAGAUGCAGUUGCUAAUAUAGGAGUACCAGACUUCAUUGAAGUCAAGUUUUUUGAAAACCGUGCCAAUGGCAGAUCGAAAGGUUUUUGUGUGAUUUCGCUGGGUUCGGAGCAGAGCAUGCGAAUGUGCAUGGAAAGAUUACCCAAGAAAGAACUUCAUGGACAACACCCUCAAGUCACAUACCCCAGUAAACAGGCCCUAAAUCAGUUUGAGUCGCAAUGCAAAUCUCGGCCAACUUCAUCACCUCAACAGAGUCAAAAUCAGCGGCCUCACAAUUCUCACCAACAUCAACAGUCGAUGCCGCCGCAUCAGCAUCCUCCACAUUCUCAACAUCCGCCGCAUUCGCAACAAAAUCACGGCCCGAGAAUGAUGAUGGGGCCCCCUCAGGGACAAAUGCGGCCUGGCCAGAGACUUCCUCCUGGCGGAGGACCACCUGGCAUGGGACCAGGACCUGGUGGCCCACCUCAGCAGGGGCCGCCACGUAUGCACGGCUCGCCUAUGGGUCCAGGCCCUGGCUCCCAUCAUCCACUCCAAGGACAUCCAAAUCAGGGUCCUCCUCCCCCUGGCUAUGGUCAGCAAGGCCCCUGGAAUGGACCCAGACCCAACGGGCCACCAGGGCCGCCUCGAGGACCUGCUGGACCUGGGGGACCUCCACCACCACAGCAAGGUCCUCCCGGACCUGGUCCAGGCCAAGGCCGACCACCUGGCAUGCAGUACGGUCCUCACGGAGGACCACCUGGUCCACCAGGUCAGAGUAUACCUCGUGGACCUCCAGGACACCCCGGCGGACCGCCGGGCGGUGAUCCAAGAGCAGCACCACCGCGUCCGGAAUGGAAUCGACCACCAGGCCCUGGAGGACCACCGCCGGGUCACGGAGGUCCUCCGCAAGGACCGCCUCAGGGACCUCCUGGCGGACCAGCUCCUCACGUGAACCCCGCAUUCUUUCCACAAGGUCCCCCGCACCAGCAUCCGGGACAGCAUCCAGGUGGACCACCACCAGGACCACCGGGACCACCUCAUGGACCACCUCACGGCCCUCAUGGUCCACCUCACGGACCCCCUCACGGACAGCCUCAUGGGCCACCACAUGGGCCGCCUCAUGCUCCUCCUCAUGCUUACGGGCCACCAGCCGCACAGCCACCAUACGGUGCACCAGGACCUGAUCAUCGCGCUGACGGGCCACCACCGCCACUAUCUGAACAAGAAAUUGAAGAGAUAAUGGGCCGCAAUAGAAAAGUGUCUUCUUCAGCCAUCGCCCGCGCCGUAUCGGAUGCAGCGGCAGGAGAGUACGCGAGCGCCAUUGAGACCUUGGUGACUGCGAUAUCGCUUAUCAAACAGUCCAAAGUAGCGGCCGACGAUCGCUGCAAAAUCCUGAUAAGUUCGCUUCAAGACACCCUUAGGGGCGUCGAGACCAAGAGUUAUGGUUCUGCGCGCAGAGAACGAUCCCGAUCUCGUGACAGAGAUCGCAGCCACAGAAGGCGACGUGAGCGAUCAAGAAGUCGUGAUCGCGAGUACCGCGAAAGAAGUCGUGAGCGCGAUCGUGAACGCGACAGGGACCGUGACCGCGAACGCGACCGUGAUCGUGACCGUGAGCGUGAACGCUACUACAGCGAGCCCUAUGCAAGAGAAAGAUCACGCAGCAGAGAACGCGACAGGGAACGUGAUCGGGAGUACAGGGAGAGAAGCAGAGAAGAGAGUACAACACGUCAGUCCACCAGGCCAAGAGUAAAGGAAGAGCCGCCCGAAGCGGCACCUGUCUCAUCUUCCAAGACAUCUAGGUAUUAUGAUGAACGCUACAAAGAACGUGAACGCGAGAGAGAACGAGAUGGAACGAGUCGAAGACCAGCGGAACGUGAGCGAGAACCAGAGCGCGAGCGAGAACGUGAGAGGGAUCGUCGCGAUGAAAGGGCCGACUCGUCUCAUCGCUCCAGACACUGAACAUCGCCUGCUGCCGACCAACCACUAUCGUCAGCGGCUUCAGCAGCAGACAGCUCAUCCCAGCCCAACUGCGAGGCAUGAUGAAACUAACAGCAGAUUUACUCUCAGACACAUUGACAAUUAAAAUAUGAGAAAACAAUGAAUUAAAAAAUGAUGACGGAAAGCUCUCAGCAAGUGACUUUCGAUGUACUCCAAACAAUUAAAGAUUAUUAUACAACAACCAAAGGAAGGAAUAACGUAUGAUUAUUUAUUCAGUAUAUCUAGGACGAGAAUAAUAUUGAAAGGAAGUAAGGACAAAUGCGAGAUAUUCAUUAUUAAAUUUAACAUUGGCAUGUUUGCCGAAUUUUAAAACCCAUUCAGUAGAGUUCUUUUUUCGGUUAAGAGAGAAGGAAAUACAAUUAAAUGAUAAAAUUAAUUCUGGACAUGAUUUAAUAAUGACCUUCGCCUAUUCACUUAACUAGAAUGUCUCUGCAACGGCAGUGGGUGAGUAUGCGAGUGUUUAUUUUAUAGUCUCCUUAUUUGUACCAAUAACUAUAUGCAUUAUUAAUAUACCUAUGUGUAUAUAUACAUCUAUAAAUACACAUUAAAAGUGCGAUUGUUGUGCCAUCGAAUCAGAGAUUUUCAAUUGGUUUACUUAAACAAAAGAAAAUAAUGUAUUUUCACGUUUUUAGAUCUAGUACAUUUUAUCAAGUAGUAGCGUGUGAGCGAAUUUCUGAUGUGAUGGCACCAUAUUUUUAGUAGUAAGUAGUAAAGAAUAUGAGAUUGGAUUAUAAAGAAGUCUUACUGAAAUCUCAUAUUUCUUCAUUAUGAUACAUACCAUCUUACAAGUUAAUUUUUACACAUAUAAAUUGAAAACAACUUAUCGCUUAGUAUAGAUGCAAUUUAAAAUGCCUGCCUUUUAAAAUUUUUCAUUUUUUUCUUCACUUCUUUUUAGAAUGAAACAUGAAAUGUAUAGGAUUGCCUAUCGAGUUCCUAAGACACAUUUUAACUCUCCAAAAAGAGCAAUAAUGCAACUUUUCGAGACCGAAGUUUUUUCAAUAAAUUUUAAAAUGCAUUAAAAUGCCAAACGAAUUCACAGAAGCGUUAGUGCGUGCAGUUUAUUGCGGUAGAUUGUAUCCGUUUUGAAAUAGUUUUAUUGAGCCUAUAAUAAAAGAUAAUGUGCAAAGUGUGAUAAUAUUACAACGUUUGAUCCUGUAUAUACCAACAUGCUAUGGACUGUAUAGCAAGUUUUUCACAGUUGCUUCUCUAUUAUCCUCUUGCCAAUCCGAAUAACAGACAAAAUACUGUACGAAAAUAUUCUGUAACAUAAAAGUACGAGAAAUUUGACGUUAAGAUGAAAAGUUGACAUGCCGUUGCACUACACUUGUUUGUGCUAUUUAAUCCAUCCAAAAUAGUGUACAAUAUUUGUAAUGUAGAAAGCACCCAUGUAAGAAAUGGAAAAUUUAUUUCAUUAUUCGUUCUUCUGAAACGCUAAACGAAGCUUGCAAUCGAAAUAAGUUUUCUGAACAUUCGAUGACAUUGUCAAUUACUUGCACAACGCGGGAACAAUAAUUGUGCAUUCAUUCGUUUUCAUAGUUUUUGUAGAACUGUCUACAUCGAAACCAAAAAAAAAAUUGAUUGAUAAUAAUUUAAGUAUCAUCUAUUGCUUUGGUACAUUUGGCUGAUGUGUAAAUUUUAGGGGAUUAUGGCAUCUUCAAAAAUAUUCUGUCACUUCCGUUCUAAUCUGAUUCACUAACGUACGUAUAAUGAAAGUUUGACAUUUUUUGCGAGUUCGACUUUUAAGUGACUCCUAAAUAUAAACGUGCGACAUGCGAAAAUAAAGCUUAAAAAUGUUAACUUUUCAUUACAUGUAUUCAAUCAAUUAAUAUUACACAUUUAAGGCGUACAACUCCCUAUGAUAACUAUUUUGACUUACUUAAUUUUUAUUUAACUGAGUUUAGGAUAAAUAUUGCUGUAAAAAAUGAACUUCUAUGAAGGGCUAAGUUUUCAAAUCCAAGACUGUAAUCCUUUUUAAUAACUUUGCGUUUAGAUGGCCUGUUUCUUAAUUUGCGAUAAACCGAUGUAAUAAAGGUUUUGUUAUUUUAAACCUGAAA